CCAAGGAAGAAGUAAUCUCUUCUCAAGAUCAUGUUCCUUUUGGACUUAAAAAUGAAAGACAUGAAAUGGACCCUUCAGAGUCAAGUCUAGGAUUUGUGCCUAUUACCAGUGAAAGUAAGCUUAUAGCAGUUAAAGGACCAGUACCAUGCCAGAUUUCUCUAAAUUGUGAGAAGACUACACUACCUGUUGCGUUCACCUCUCCCGCAACUCACUUUAAGCCUAUUAUUUUGCAACAAAAUGCAAAUAUAAUAAAAGAGGUUCACAAACCAACUUCUGUGCAAUGCAAGAAAGAGAUAAGAGAAGAAAAACACAUGGACCACAACAGAUCAGUAUUAUAUGAAGGAGACACAAAUGGUCAUGGUACCGAGGAUCCAGCUGUUGUUGAAACUGCACCUGAAAUACCUGAGUGUCAUUUACAAAUGCCAGCCUACUCAUCCCAAAUAUCUUCAGAAGAGCAAAAGUCUGGCAACGUGGUUAUUUCUACGGUUACAUUACCAUCACGGUCUGAUUCCUCGCAUCUUUUACAAGAAAAGAACAUUUUAUCUGAAGUUUCUUCAAGCUCCUUGGCUUUUCCUGCAUCUUCCAAUACUCUUCAUAUAAAUAACAUCAUUCUCAAACAGGACACAGAGAAAAGAGUUUUAACGUUUGUACCAGUACAUUUAGCUGUAUCAGAGCAAAUACCAAAUAAACCUCUUCGUUCAAGAAUUGCUUAUGACUGCUGUCAUAGUUUGCCAGUGCUACUUUCGAGUACUAUUGCAAGUUAUAAAAUGAGCACACAAACAGAAGACGAUGCCUCCCUUCGUGAAGUGCAAAACUGUGAAAUCACUAAUACACAGAACAAGUCUGAAAAAAGUAACCAAAUUAAUAAAACCAACUGCCAAGAUCCUGAGUGUGCUACCAGUUUAGACAGUGUUUUCACUGAGCAAGGACAUGCACUGUGUACCUCAGUGAAUCAAAACACUUCCUAUCUCCUUGAUGUAGAAGCCUUGUCCCAGCAGAACAGAACAAGUGACACUUUAUUACAGAAAGUAGUUCAUCUUAUACAAGAGGAGUUUGCAUUUGAUGGCUAUCUUGAGAAUGGAGUUGAAGUUAUUAAUAUGGGUAACUUUAUUUUAACCUUAAAGGAAAUUAAGUUUGGUAUGUUCUCUGAUGCAAUUUGUGAGAAAUUUUGUGACCUGUACUGGGAUGAAAAAUUACUGGAGAAUCUCUACCAGGUUGUAAAUGGAGAAAAAGCUUCACAUUUGUGCAUAACUGAGGCAGGUGAUUCAAAAUGUGGCAGUGUAUUCCAGGAGCUGAAGCAAUCUGACAGCUUUUUGGUAAGCAGCAAUCAGAUGGAGGGAGAAGUGGAAGCAACCUUUGACAUGAAGGCUGAGCCUGUGAUGAAUACAUCACUAGACGAAAAGGACUUGGACGAGUCACCUGCACAUAACUGUGAAAAAGAAUUCAGGCUGCAGAAUACUAUUCUUAUAGAAAAAGAGGGACAGUGUUUACAAAGCAAUGACUGUUGUGUUGGUACAGGCUUUGCAGAAGAAAAUAUGGAGCCAGGGGAAGAGAGCAUGAUAAAGACAGCUGAAAACAGCUACCUUGCGUCUCCCAACCUACCUGACUUUCACAGCUGUAAUCCUGGUUGGAGCAGUGCAUUUUAUGGAGCUGACUGUUUUGGUUCCGAAGUUCAUAGUUACGUGAAAAACCUUGGAAAGCAGAAAUCAAGUGAGUCACAAAAUAUAGAUGCUAAGAAAGUGGAACUGGAACAAUUGCUAAUGAUAGAGACAAAAAAUUAUAGAAAGACCAUAAAGUUUUAUCAGAAGCUAUUGCAGAAAGAAAGAAGAAACAAAGGUUCUGAAAUCAAAUCGAUGUUGCCCAAACUGAAAGGACAGCUACAGGAAAUGAAAUCAAAGGUGCAGUUUCUUGAACUGGUGAAGAAGUAUGUGCAGAUCAUGUAUGCGGAGCAGUGGGGUGUGGAGUCCUGUGUGCUUCCCACAGUUGUUCACAACGGCAGAACUGACACUGAAACACCAAUGCAGUAA